AUGGAAGAGGAUGAUCGUCCAAUCGGAGGUCUUAAUCUUAAAGAAAAUUCUGGUUGGGAAGGUCCUUGGAGUUAUGACUUUAUCAAAAAGAAAGAAACAGAGGAUGGAGUAAAUUCUAAUGUUAAGGAAUCUACAAAUAGUCUCAGUAAGAGUGAGAAGGGAAAAUGUAUAUGUAAAUCUCAGAAUAGGAAAUGUAUAUCGUCUGUUAUUGAUCUAAAAAGAGUGGCUAGAUUAUCAACUAAAGAUAGGUAUGAAUUAAUUCGUUCUCUAAAAGGUGGAAAAGAUGGAAUCUUUUCUAGAAGCUCAUUGGGGUCCUUCUCCAAGGAAAAUAAAAAGGAGGUGAUUGGCGAUGUUUGUGAGGUUGGAAAAGCUAUCGAGUUAAAAAUUAAGGGAUAUUGUUCAAAUAUGUUCGGUGUGUUGCUUAGAGGGGGAUGCAUUGGGAGUAAGAAAGAAGGAAGAGGUAUGAGGGGAAGAGGGAAGGGGAGAGAGCAUUUGGGGUUGAAGUUGGUGUUUAGGUUUCGGAGGUCAGUGAAAGAGGUGAGGGAGUGGGUGGAUCUAAAGAUGCUUGUUUAUUUUAAUGCGAGAGGGUUGUGA